UAAAAACUAGCAGACAGCUUUCAUAACUCACUUGUCGCGCAACUAAUAGAACCCCUCAAUGGCACACUUCCUUUGACGUCUCCGGGCCCAGUGGAGUCCGCCAGUGCGUGCCUUGACUGCGAGGCCGUGCCUCGCCGUAUCCUGGCGAUGGCUCCAACGUGAAGAAAACUUAGUCACUACGGGGAAACACGGUAAAGCAGCAGCCAGACGACGCGUCGUCUACGCCAACAUGGAGCCCGCCGGUUUGACAACCGCCGGAGCCCUGCGGCGCCUGCAUCACAGCCUCAAGACGGAACUGGAGCAGUUUAAACGAAGGGAGUGUCAGGUGACGUGGCUUGGGGAGUCAUUCCACCACAACAACCCGCACUCGAUUUUCCGGUGGCCGAGCGUGGUCCUGCUGCUCUUUGAAGUGGUGGCGUUUGUCGUGGCUUACUCGCUCGGAGGGGGACCCGUGUUGGUUGGCGACUCUCUGUUCCUCAUCUGUGUUCUCGCACUGAACGUCAUCCUCGUGAUCUGGGAGACAAGGCUGCGUCACAUGGAGAUGAGGCACCGCGCCCAGGCCAUGGUCAACACGCUGGCCAACACGCUGGGUCACGGAAGCGGUGACGAAGAACCCUGGAGCACCUCGGACUAUGCUCCUCUGUUCCAGCCAGCAUCGCCGUGCAUCAGCCUUCAGUGGGCCGUGCGUGAUGGUUGUCUGGUCAAUGUGCCCGUGCACCUGCUGGUCGAAGGGGACGUGGUGGUCGUCCGGCCGGGGCACCAGGUGCCGGGAAAGUGCAGCCUGCUCACAAAGGGCAAGGAAGCACCGUUGGUUCUGGAAGAGAAAGAAACUUUCGCCCCAGAGACAGGCAUCGGCACGUGCGCCACAUUCACCGGGGCUCGGCUGCGACGGCCAGUUGAACCACGCCACUUUGUCAUGCUUGAAGUGCCUUACCUCAAGUUCUUCAGGUUAUGCCUGGAAAACUCGCUCAUGCGGCCCGUCUCAAUGUUCGCCAAGGAACUGCACCACGUCAACAGCACAUACCUCGAGCGAACCGUGAUCGGCAUUCUGGUGCUGACGACCGUGCUGAAGCUGGCCCAGUGGCGCUACCUGGGAGACCGGGCCGGCAGCAUCAAGGAGUUGGUGCUGCAGCCAGCCUUGGCCAUCCUGCCCCUGCUGCCGCUGUCCCUUCCCGCGCUCUGGGUGGGCCUGCACGCCCUGGGCACGGCCAGGCUGCAUCUCAUGCUGGCCGCCCAGGAACACAUGGCCAUGCAGCGUGCUCACGACGACCUUUUCGAGGAAGAAGACGAGGUGGAGUCGACACACCCCGACGGAUCGGACCUGUCGUGGGGCCAGGUGCAGCCCCUGUUCCUGUCUCUGCUCCGGGGCAAGGCCCCGCACCUGUGGAGGAGCUCCAGCCUCCUGCACGUCCUCGGCAGUGUCACGACUCUCUGCUGCGUGGACAAAAAGGGAAUCCUGUCGUGGCCAAACCCGACGCCGGAGAAGGUGUUCUUCUUGAAGCCGCCACGCUCUCGAGGGAGCAACGGCCUCAUGCCGAACUUCAGCAGCUCGGGCAACAUCCGCCACUCGGGCCAACUCGACGCAGCUUCGGACAUUAUAGCGGAGGACGGGCCGAAUUCACCUGGAGCUGGCGACUCGGUACUUGAAGCGGGAGGCAAGGGGCUGACCGCUGACAACGCACCACUGAGGCGAGAGUCCAGGAUGUCGGGUUACGACCCGCCAGACCACAUGUACCACCCGGGCACCCACGUUGAGGUGCUGGACCUGACCCACAGCAUGCUGUCGGCCUUUGGGGUCCAGUUCGACGACCCUCAGUGGAAGGACUACAUCAACAACCUCAAGCCGCUCGGCCUCAGCAUUUUGCUCAACACGUGCAAUCCAGCCACACAGGAGAAAUACGCCCGCUUCUGCGACCACAUUGCCUGUGAGAGCCUCCACAAUGAGUCGGCCGUUCCUGUUGUCAACAAGCGGUGCCUCUGCGACCUGGCCGUCCAGAUGGGUUUCACGGAUCGAGCAGUCGAGGCGUACCAGCACCUGCAACACGUGGCGCUCUUCAGGCAUGUGCAACCUGAAGUGGUCCAGAAAGGAAGGCUGGCCCGGUCGCUCAACUUUCCACGCCUCAAGAUGCCGUUUCCCAGCAUGUGCUGUGCAGUCGUCAAAGAGGCCCUGUCAGGAACUCUGCAGAUGUUCACCCAAGGCACGGCAGACCUCGUCCUGGACAUGUGCUCCGAGUACUGGGACGGCCGGGACCUGUGUCCGCUGAGCGACUCGGACCGCAAGAGGAUCCUGGACUUCUACCAGCGGUCCAGCCUGACAUCCUACUGCUUGGCGUUUGCCUACGCUCCACUCCUGCCUUCGCUGCUCCUCAACCCGGCUCUCGAAGGCAGCUACCUCCAACUUCCACCCGACAGCAGUCACCUGUUUCGUUCGUCCGGCAAGAAGGUGGGCGGGGCGGCGCUCACCCUGGGCGUCGCUUCGGAUGACAAGACGCAGAGCCACCACCUGAGCACGGACUCGGUGAGCCACGAGGAGGAGACGAUGGCAAUGGACCCGGCCGGCCGGGAGCAGGCCCUGGACGCCACCGUGGAGCGGCUCCGGAACCAGGUGUUCAUCGGCAUGGUCACCAUGCAGUACCAGGCAUGCCCGGACUUCGUGAAACUCGUGGAGCAGCUCGAGGAUGCCUGCAUCCGAUUUGUGCAUUUCUCCAAGGAGAAUGAACUCCGCAGUCGGGGCUUCUCUGAGAAGAUGGGCCUCGAAUCUGGCUGGAACUGCCACGUCUCCUUGCUCAGUGACAGGCACAGGACCGACAGCAACGCGUCAACUUGCUACCAGUCGCAGCUGUCGGCGAAAAGUGCAACGUCCGCGCCGUCGAGCAACCUGGGUGGGGUGACGGUCGACCCCCACGGAGUCGUCAUUGUGGACAGCAAAUCGACGAAUGCUCCCCCGCGCAGCAUCAGUGCCCCCAACCUGGUGCAUUCCGAGCUGAUUGGCAGUCGCUACGGUGAUUCGCCGCAGUCUCGUACAAGUGUCAUCAGGACGGGAAACAAUGCAGAAGGGACCGUGAGCGGUGACGAGUCGGACCCGCUGUGGACCCACGGCGACUCGGCGUGUCCUUCUCCAAGCAGCGCCACCGAGAGCAGCACCGACAGGGGAGCACCGGUUGCCUUUGACAUCUCCAAUCGGGCCAAGCUUCCUCGGGGCAUCGAGAACAUCCGGCCGCACAUCGAGCACGUGGACAACGUGCCCCUGUUGGUGUCCCUGUUCACGGACUGCACACCCGAGGCCACCCUGGAGAUGGUGCGCAUCAUGCAAGAGUACGGCGAGGUGGUCGGCUGCAUAGGAAGUGCUGCCAGCCUCUACAACCUGCCCGUCUUUCUGCAGGCCGACUGCAGCAUAGCUCUGGAACCACUGGCCCCUCAGUUGUGUGCACGGCAGCUUGCACCAUCACCACUGCCAUCGGCCAGGGUGUCGAUGACCCCUCGAGCCCUGGCCCACACCCUGGGUUCGUUGCCGUGUGUGCUGAGCAGCCCCCGUGAGAAGAGCCUCAGCCUGUAUCAUCUCAUUUGGGAGGCACGCCACUUCAGCCAGGCGGUGCGCAGCGCCAUGCAGUUCCUGCUCUGCUGCUGCUUGAGCCUGGCCCUGGUUCAGACGCUGGCUGCACUGGUGGCGUUACCACCCGCACUCUCGCCCGCGCAGCUUCUGUGGCUGUUGGGGGCGCUGCUGCCCGCGCUUGCACUGGCGCUCGUGUUCGGCAGCAGCGCCCACGACAACCCGCGCGUCAUGACCACAGCGACGGGCAAGAGUCACCCACGCGUAAACCGUCAGGUGGUGCUGUUCUUCAUCGGUUGCUACUGUGCCAAGUUCUGCCCAUCCGUGUUAGUCACCUUGGCUUGCUUCACCCUGGCGCUCAUCCAUUCCUGCCAUACGAGUGGCUCCACGCCGUGCUGGCCAUUCUUCUCUCACGAAGGGUCGACCGAAGAAACAGCGGACACACCAGCCGUGUCCUGGGUGUCCGGUCUAGCCCUGUGCCAAAAUGUUGCCGCCUUCUUUCUAGUCCUGUACUUCGUCGUCAUCUCCAUGAGCUUCGUUCACCGGUCGAAGCCAGCGUGGAAGAGGAAUCCAGCCACAAACCGGUGCUGGCUUGCCACAAGUCUGUCCGUGUUGCUGCUGCAGUUGGCCUUCUGCGCGUGCAACAUCUGGGCACGGGCAACUGAGCCACUAGAUGUGGUGCUUCCGCUGGUUCCGCAGUACGUGUGGCUGACGGGCUUCUUGUGGACGCUGCUGUUGCUCCCGCUCAACGAGGUUGUCAAGAUACACGAGAUUAGGGCGAAUCACCGACAGCAAAAGAGGGCAAGGCUAGACUUUGGGACCAAGCUUGGCAUGAACUCUCCAUUCUGAAGUGCCCGCUGUCCAAAGCGCUGGACGCUCCUCAACACAAAGUGGACUGUGACCACCCUGGGAGCCCUGCGGCACGUCGUGCUGUCACUGUGCUGCCUUCCAAGAUGGCUGUUCACCCAACAAAAGCUGUGCCGUGCCUUCGAAGUUCCUCAUAGUCCGUGCACCGUGCGAGAUGGUGCCCAUAUUUGGGUAGUGUUACCGUCAGCGACCGUAUCUGUGACUGCUGCCAGGGCUUUCAAGAAGCGUGCGGCGUAUGUUCGCAGCUGCUUGAAAUGUCUUCUUCCACCAUGUCUUGUGGAUUCCAGGUGAAACCUGCCACAUCGCUAAACUAAGAGGUGAUGCCCUGCCACGUCACGAGCUCAACUGCGAGCUGGCCGAGCCAUCAGAGGGCCACUACCUUAGAUGUCCACACUAUUCCUAUGAACUUUUUGCAUUUCUAUCCACUGUUGUCUGUCGAUUCAUCACCUUUCAUCGAUUCUGUCUAGUCUUGACCAUUCCCGUCACUUCACAGAACACAGAUGCCACUGUCAAAUGACUUCAUUGUGAGACAUUCACAAGUUUCAUCUUGGCUUUUGCCACCGUCUCUCAGAACAGAGGAGCCGCUGUCUAAGGGCUUGAACAUAAGAUGUUUGCAAGUGCAGUCUCUACUUUUCCUCUUCCCUCUCAGAACACAGACAGCACUGGCAGAUGAUUUCAACACAAGGCAUUUCUGCUUGCUAGUGCGGUCUUGAAUUUCCGUAACACCACUCAGAACAGAGACAUCACUGUCCCAAAAUUUCCCCAUCGUCUCCCAGCACAGGCACUACCGUCAAAAUUAUUCACUAUUGGAGGAUCGCAAGUGCCGUCUUGACUUUUUCCAUCACAUCUGAAAACAGAGGCACCACUGUCAAAUGACUUUAACACAGGACGUUUGCAAGUACCAUCGUGACUUUUCCCGUCGCCUCCCAGAAAGAAAAAAAAAACGCCACUGUCAAACAACUUCAGCUGAAGGCGUUUACAACUGCUAAGAAAAAGCGAAAGACAAGAAAUCGGCAACCUGCAUCAGCAACGCCGGCCAAGAAUUGUGGGUGCUGCACUUGCUCGGGCGUGUUUAUGUGCGUACCUUCCUGUGAGCCAAUGACUUGCAUGCAUAUUUGCGUACAAUAGCAGAAUGUGUGAACGCAUGCAUUGACAAUACGGAAGAAUGUGCACACUGUGACUUGACUGGUACGAAAUGACAUCACGUAACGGGACAGAUACGGAAUGAUGUCACGCAACAACAUGACAGAUACGGAAAAAAAUGACUGAACGAAAAUGUACAGCUGUAGGAGGCUCGUGUGUUUUCAGUGACGCUAGGACUCGUACGCAAUGACACGGAACAACGUAAUGUUUUGCAGUGACAGAUCAAAAACAUGUGCGAUGGCAAGAUAAAGGUGUGCCUACUUUGAUGAUAGUUUAAAAAGAGCACCUCAACGAACCACCCAAGAACCUGUUAACGAGCCUGUGAAGCCCGCAGAUAUGAUUGUGGCGAAUUUCGACAAAUUUAUAAGCACGUAUUCCUGAAUAAGCAUUACUAGAAACAGUCCUGAUGUAACGUUAGUACAUUGAAAGCUUGAUGCAUCUUAUCCAUCAUGAAUGAAAACUGAUGUUUGGUAUUAGUUUUGUUAGCAGUGCCAUUCCAAGUGAUACGUUCCAGUCCAAAAUUCGACCACCAGGAAUUUUGUAGAAAAAAUUUCAGCGAGAAGGCAGCUGUUUGAGAGCGAGUUGAGUAUAUUCAUUUUAAAAAUCUGCAUGGUCAUGUGAUGGCCAUUUGAAUAUCCCAGUGAAUAGAAAAGGUUGGCUGGGAAUAAACUAUGCGUAUUCAGUCAUGAGACCGGGUGCAAUAACACAUUGUGCUUUUUAUUAUUGUUCUGUCAUGGAAUAUCCCAUGCCCAUAUUAAUUUCCUGACCUAAAUAGGCUUAGCAAAGAAGGAAGAAAAGAUUCAAAUUCAGAAGUUUUUUUUUUUGUAAAGAGGGUGGCAAUAUCUCAGUUGCAAAAAAUUUUUAGCUGUUUUACCAGUCGACAUAUCUGCUAAAAAUCUUUUGCAAUCAUUGUAACAUAAGAUUUGUUGAGAAAAAAAUCUUUCCAAGGCUGACAAAAAAUAUUUUGGGAAGAUGCAAUCGUUACUUAAGCAUUGAGGCCCUCAUGAUAAAAAUAUACAAAUGAGCUCAUUACCUGCUUUGUUUUUCUUUUUAUACAGAAAUAUAAAAAUUCUUACUCUCCAGCUGAAAUAUUUUUCUGUACAAUCGCUUGUGGUUGAGUUUUGGGCUGGGAAUUAAGGUUCACAUGGAAAUCCAGGAAGAAACUUCAUUCCAAUCAGUCCCAUUCAUUGGGGUUAUGUGAGCAUCACUGCUUUUUGUGACCAUUCAUAUGAAAUGACGUGUUCAUUCCGACUCAGAUGUUCCUCCUAAUUGGGCUAAGGUGUUGCAGCCGUAUUCAAUGUUUCAGACCGCUCAUCCAUUUCAAGAACUAUUUAUCUACCACAUGGCAAGACGGGCAGCCUUUUCGUAAGACGCGUCACUGAUGUUCUUGGCUGCUAUUAUCGACUUUCACAAUGCAGCCAGGUAGUCCCCUCUGCGUAACGCAGCUGUUGCAUUGCUUUCCUUAAAGUGCUAAUGUCAAUACACAUUCUGCACCAAACAACAAGAGCUUCCAAUAUGGUGUUUCUUGAGCUGCAUUGAACUGUCUGCAUUACGGCGAGUCGCAAGGGCUUUGUGUGCGGCAAGGCUUGCUACCCUGAAAGCUUCUAAAGCUGCAAAGCGAGCCUCCAUGACCUUGCUGGAUGGUGUAACAAUGUGCAGCAUAAAAAUCUGUUGGUGAGGCAUGUCAUCAAGGCAUUCUUGCAAAAAAAAAAAAAAUUGUGGGUACCUAAAAUUCUGAAAAAUGGUCAUUCAGUGGAAUCGAUGUUUCGUGCAAACGCCAUUAAAGCUUGCUACAACAAAGUAGUGUAUGGCGCAAAAACAUGCUCGGCGCAUACAUAUGUGGCAUUUAUAAGAAGGUGUUUAUAAGAAGGUGAAGAAACGCAAUAAGAUCAUUACUUUCAAUAAUUCAUUAUGUCUGCCUUUGUUGCGUCAAGGUUCGCUUGCACCAGGCUACUACAGUCGGCUAUUGCGUAAGAAAAAAUGCCAGAAAUGUUUUGAACCUUCAACUGUUUCUCCCACAAAGAAUUUGCAUCAAUGCACCAAUCAGCAGCACUUUCUCAAUUUCGUGAUGUCAGGCAGUUCUGAAGUGUUUCCUAUGGUUGACUUUCCCAUACGGACAUAUGUCUGUGUCGCUAGUUUUAUGUCCAAAACUUGGAAUGUCGUGGUAAAAUUUUGUCAGAAAUGCUGUCAUCACUGCUCAGCUAAACGCAAUAUUUUAGCUACUAAGGAAGAAUCUUUAUCUUUUAACAUAAAGAAGAAUCUUUAACUUUUAACAUACGUGGUAUUUACAUUAGCCAAGUGAAAGCACUCGCAGUUCAAGUGGAAACAGCCAGGACGGCUGUCUCACACUUGCAAGGAAAGUACGCCCCUGUUCUGUGGGUAGAGCUUACAUUCUCUUAAAGACGAUAGUUUUUCUUAAAGA